GUGGCGCACCUACGUAGCUAUCAAGUUAGAAGGUGGUGCCACUUCUUUCAGUGACUUCCCUGACAGUAGAUAAGCAUGAAUAUCCUGUUGGUUUUAUAAUAGCUCUAAAAAGACGAGGGAGAGAGAGAAUAAUGACACAAAAUCAUGUGUCAGGGAUGGAGGCAUCCGCCAUCUCCGUCCUGAAGCGGGCAGUGGAGCUCGACCACAGCGGCCGCUUCCAAGAGUCUCUUGUCUGCUACCAGGAGGGCAUCCAGCUGCUUAUAGACACGAUGAAAGCAGCUGUGAAAGAUGACUCAAAGAGAGGCCACUACAGAGAGAAGAUAAAGAGCUACAUGGACAGAGCAGAGCAAAUCAAAGUUAAUGUGAACCAGAUGAAAGAAGAUGGGAAAUACCAUGAGCAGAUAAGAAUAGCAGAGGAUGCGACUGGUUACAGCUACGAGUCUCUGUUCAAGCCAUACGUGAGCAGUUUACUCACAGAGGUCUGGGUACAAGACCCAUACAUACGGCACACCCACCAAUUGUACAACUUCCUGCGGUACUGUGAGAUGCUGCUGAAAGCACCCUGCAAGGUGAAAAAGAUCCAUCUCCUCACUUCACAGGAUGAAGCGGAUAGUAGCCAGCAGAGCAGUGCUCUGGCUGGGCUGAAAGAGAGUCUGAGUGCUCAGGGAGUGACUCUGGAUCUGCAGUACUCCUCCACCAUACAUGACAGGGAGAUCAGGUUUGACAAUGGUUGGAUCAUCAAAAUAGGAAGAGGGCUGGAUUACUUCAAGAAACCUAAGGGCCGAUUCUCUAUUGGAUAUUGUGACUAUGACCUCAGGCAGUGCCAAGAGACCAACGUACACAUUUUUCAAGCCAAACACACAAAAACACUAUGAGAUUCAUAAAGCUUGAAUCUUAAUGUAAGAUAUAUGUAAUUUUGGGUUCUUUUGACUUUUUUUUUUAAACUUUUCUAUUAUUUGCUUUUUAAGGUGCCAUACCGCCAUCUGGUGGAAAAAUAAAUUAAAACAUUCAAAAAUUA